UUUCUGGGGGACGGUAUAUACGGACGGACAGCCCGGUGCGCGGAGCCAUUGAGCUAAUGAUGACAUUUUAAGGUUAGAUUCCCCUGGUUACGGUAGUAGAGGAGAUUUUUCUUUUGUUAGACGAACAGAAUAAACAUUACUUAUAACCUGUAGACGCGGACUGGCGCCUUCAUAUUAAAGUAGCGGGUUCGUGUCUGCUGCAGUAUGGCGACGGCGCUCUCCACCGCCAACUGAGCAUUAUUCUGGAAAACAGACAGAACAGAGGCGAUGUUACCGACAGCCGGUCGUCUGUCCAAAGUGCUGCAGCUCACCCUGGCGGUCAUCAAGCCGGACGCUGUAGCUCAUCCCCUGAUGUUAGAGGCUCUUCACCAGAGAAUCCUGGACAACAACUUUGUCAUUGUUAGAUGCAAAGACCUCAUGUGGAGGAGACAGGACUCUGAGAGGUUUUACGCUGAACAUUCAGGGCGAUUCUUCUAUCAAAGACUCGUUGAAUUCAUGUCAAGUGGUCCGAUGCGUGCGUACAUUUUAGCCAGAGAGGACGCCAUACGUCACUGGAGAGAACUGAUGGGACCCACCAAAGUGUUCCGAGCCAGGUACACCUCCCCUGCGUCCAUCCGGGCCCAGUUUGGACUCACGGACACACGAAACACAACUCACGGCUCAGAUUCGGUCGAGUCGGCACAAAGGGAAAUCAGUUUCUUCUUCCCGGACUUCUGUGUGGAGGAGUGGAUGGAGAAAGAAGAGCCAUUGUUCAGAUGUGGACAGAUACAGUUUGACCAUCAAAAACAGAUCCACACCCUUUCAGCGCAAAGCUGACCCCAGAGCUGCCGUUACAGUCGCUGAUCAACAACACACUGCGAGGUCAAAGACGCAAACAUGAGGACUCCGCUACUGUUUAUCCACUGCUCAGAGAAAAGCCGCCAGAGGUGAUGCUACAUGCCAUACGUAAUACUGUGAAACUGCAUGUUUAUUGUCCACCUUAGUUCCUCAAAGUGCCAGUAUGUUCCUCCCAUGUCUGUGUUGUUAAAACCUAUCUUCCAUGCCAUGCGUAGUAAUUUAAAAUAAGGGCUGUAAAUGUUUGGUUUUUUUUUUUUAAUUUAUUGUAAUUAGAAAACAAAAGUGACUAGACAACACAAUCAAACACUGUAUUGUACAAAACAACACGAUGGAGUAAGACAGUUCUUACGUUAUCAUCACACACUCCCGUCCGGGCUUCACUGUAAAUAGUGCAAUCGCCGCUGUCAGUUUCAGUUUCCUGAGCCACACAGACUGUAGCACAGCGGCAACUACCUGUUGUGUCUCAGUGUCAAAUGCCGAAACUACACAUGUAUUCAUUCUUAAAAGCAUCUCAAGAUUAAGAUUCUAGUUCACUUGAGAGAUUUGAAUGUGCCAAAUGAUGGCUUCCUCUAAAUGAUUUUCAAACCAGGCUGUCUGCUGUGAAAUAGUAUGAAUUCUUCAUUUAAUAUUGGUCAGAUACUGCAUGAACUGUAAAAUAUCGUGUUUUGUAUUUUCUCUUACCAAGCUGCAGUUUUAGGUGCCAGUUCCUUCAGUGUGUCAAAGUACAGGGAAACAUUGCGGUAACAGGCACCAGGGAAAUACAUCUGACGGUAUUAAAUACAAUACAGCCUAGAUAAACACUUUUUUUAAGAAAAUGAGCCAUGUUUUCAAUAUGACAAUCUAAAUUUUAGAGUUCAGGAUCCCAGACCAAAGUUGCGCGUCCUCUUGUGCUUCACCAGCCUUCAGCCACUUUUAAGUUUUCUCCACAAAAGUACGAUCAGUUCAUUCAUUUCACAGUCAUCAUUUUUCUUUGGAUUCUCUCAGUCUCCCCUGCGCUCAAGUGUUUUGUGUGGCCACCUGUUUUAGAGUUUCCACAGGUUUCAUAACCUCGUAGGUGGUGAGGGACUUCUUCACCUUCCCGUUCUUAUCCACCUGAUGGAUGCUCUGUGUCACUGUGAUGGUCACCUGCUUGGUCGACAUCCGAUUGUCCUGCCAUUUUGUCUGUUGAGUGUGAAGAAUGAAAGAUGAAACAUAGUAAAUCUACAAUAUUAACUCUAGUGUAAGGUUGGCAGAUUGUGGCAGGAAAAAGGGGAGCAUUUAAAAAACACCCAGUGAGAGACUUACAAUCUCUUGAGUGUGUAGCGCACUUCGCCACUGCGCUGCGGUGCCAGACAAAGGCAAACCCUCGUCUUUGGGUGGAGACGGCGGUAUUGCAUGAGGGCUGCUGGGUUUCACAUCAUUCAGGCUGGCUUCAGACACGGCUGAGCAGACCUUCAGAUACACCUGAGCAGGAGGAGGGAGGCUGUCCUCAAAGAAAUCUGGAACUAUGAACAAAAAAAAAA